GUGUGUUGAAGGAUUCUACUUCUGCAUCUCAGGUGGGCGGGGUUCUUCAUCCGGGUACUGUUGCUGACCCCUGACGUGACCCUCCAGGAUUGCAAACAUGGCGGAGUCCUCCCUUGGGAAUUCGAGCCCAGGGGGUUCAGCAGGUUCUGAUGACCAUGACUUCGACCCAUCAGCAGACAUGCUUGUCCAUGACUUUGAUGAUGAACGCACAAUGGAAGAGGAGGAAAUGUUGGAGGCAACAGACGAAACCAACGUCAAUGAGAUUGAAGAUCUUGCACGUGAAGGGGAGAUGUCCAUUCAUGAGCUCCUGAGUCUGUAUGGUUACGGGGGUGCUUCACCCGCAGAUGAGGAUGAAGAGGAAGAUGAUGAACAGGAGGAAGAUGAUGAAGAGGAAGAUGAAGAUGAUGAGCUGGACAAUGAUGAAAGCAGCAAAGGCGUUGACGAGCUAAAAAGCAACGAGGGGGAACGAGUGAAGAACUCAGCACAGGUGGACGAAGCCCCGGCAGUCACAGAGGGACGCACGCGUUCUGUACGGACCCUUGGCACCGCAGAACUGAUACGGUCACAGAAACUCAAGUACUUUGAAAGUAAUAAUGAUGCAGAAGAAGAGUCUGAUGAAGAUGAGGAUUAUGUUCCAUCUGAAGACUGGAAAAAGGAGAUAAUGGUGGGGUCCAUGUAUCAAGCGGAAACCCCUGUUGGCCUAUGUAAAUAUAAAGACAAUGAAAAAGUUUAUGAAAAUGAUGACCAACUAUUGUGGAACCCAGAGUGUCUACCUGAAAGCAAAGUGGUAGAGUUCUUAAUAGAAGCAUCUCGGCGAACGGGCGAGGAGAAGGGAGUGGAUGCCAUCCCAGAAGGAUCCCACAUCAAGGACAAUGAACAGGCAUUAUAUGAACUGGUGAAAUGUGACUUUGACACAGAAGAAGCUUUAAGGAGGCUUAGGUUUAAUGUAAAAGCAGCCAGAGAGGAACUUUCUGUCUGGACUGAGGAGGAAUGUAGAAAUUUUGAACAAGGACUAAAAUCCUAUGGAAAAGACUUUCAUUUAAUACAGGCCAACAAGGUGAGAACUAGGUCUGUAGGAGAAUGUGUGGCCUUUUAUUACAUGUGGAAGAAGUCUGAGCGUUAUGAUUUCUUUGCACAGCAAACCAGACUUGGAAAAAGGAAAUACAACCUUCACCCUGGUGUCACAGACUACAUGGACAGGUUAUUGGACGAGACCGAAAGUGCUGCCUCAAGCAGGGCGGCGUCGCCCCCUCCCACCACGUCCAGCAGCAGCGCCAGCCACUCGGAGAAGGAAGACAGCAGCAGUCACAAUGGUAUUGCAGGCCACAGUUCCAGCCAUCAGGGGGAUGGUGUGCACAUAGUCCCGGCAAACCAAGUCAAAGCGGAGCCCCUCCAGUCCAACGGUCCCUCGGGCGACGCCACACUUCCCACACCAGACAACAACUCCAACGGCUGCAGCCACCCCGGCUCACCCGGACACGAGCAAAACGGUUCCCCGGAACCUCCUGCAGACCAAAGAGACGCGGACACGGCGCACGAAAGGCCGGCUAAAAGGUUGAAGAUGGAGGCAGAGCCUUUGGCCCAAAGUGAAGUGGAACCUUCUAGAACACAAGAGAACUGAAGCCUCACAAAGCUCUGCUAAUGUGGACUCACGUGGAUGUUGAUUUUCUUGGGUCAUCUCUUUCCCUGCUAACGGACACAAGGAAAGUGUUGCCGUGACGAUGAGGUCAUCAACAAGAGACCUGUCUCUCUCUCUUGAGCCCAUCCAUGUAGCACCGGUCUGCAAUGCUCCAACCAGUACUCAUUGUAAGUACUUGACUGACUGACAUUUUGCCAAGAAUCUCUCCUGUUUUUUUUUUUUUUUUCAAUUUGUACUCAAAGAAAAAAAAACAAUUCCCAUUAAUAUUUUUGUACACAAGAUAUUUAUAUUUUUUAACAAAGUCUAUGAUGGGUAUUUGCCUUUCAAGCCAUUUGAACGUUACCGGAGCAGGUUUUUAAGGAUUUAGUUUUCUGCUAAGACACACACACACACACUCUAAGCUGGUGAAGUUGCCAGCUGACUUUAGUUGCACUUUGAUUGUACAUUUCUGUGGUAAAUGAUAUGAUGCAGCAGCAGAAUUUCAUUUCCCACACGACAAAGCCGUUGUGCUCCAGUCUGAGAAAUAAACCACUGCAGGUUUGUUUGUGUCCAGCAGCUGACAUCAGUGAUGUCCUGUAUUGUAACGCAUGUACAAAGAUGGCUGUAUUUUUGGAUUAUUAUUUUUUUUUCAUAAUCUUGCUUCUUUUUCUUUGGCUUUUUCUUUUUACACAAAACAGAAUGUCGGGGAUUUUUCAAGCUUUGUAUGGAUUUCUUAACAUCCAUUGGUACAUUUAAAAAAAAUAAUCAUGGAUUUGUUUUUUCUUAAGCCUGAGUUGCUUCGAAAAGUCAUUUUAAAAAGUACCCAUUCCAUUGGUUUUCCAUUUUGUGACUUUUUAGUCCUUCCGAAAUUAAUUUUAGGCUCAUACUCAGAAAACAAAUCAACACUCUAUUGUCUUGGAUGUGUUAACACACCAGGAUGAUCCAAACAAAAAAACCUGCUCAAGGAGCCUCCAAGUCUUCAAGCUUUCUUUCACCCUGCACUCCAGAUGAAGAUGCUUUUGUCUCAAACAUCCAAUUUUCUUUUUUCUUGGAGUGAUGUUUUGCUUUUUCCCUUCUGUAAAUGACACCUAAAUAAAAUCUGUAUCCCAAGACUGCAUAAAUAAAAUAAUUGGAUAUAUUUAAUACAAAGAAAAACAAUUAAAUUUUAAACCACUUUGUAAUAAAGAUUUUUAAAAAAGACAGUCAAUACACCAGGAAAAUCAAUUGUGGGGGACGUUCCUUCAAGAUUGAACUCUUGAAUUUUACAUGUUUUCUGCAGAAAGCAAAAAUGACACACUUAGCGAAGUGUAAUAUUUCACAAAGUAUUAAAAAUGUUCUUACUUUUUUGCUCUUGUGUGAAGGUGAUGAAGGAAUACACCAGACUACCCGCA